AUGGCUACAUGCUACUUGACUUCAUACCUCAUGGCAGAGCCUAUAGUUUCAAAAGAAGUUCAUCCACGAAAUUCCAUGGCAUUUCCAGCUUCUGCUAUCUGCAGUUCAAUUGGUCAUGUUGUUUCUCUAUUGUCUUUCUCAAAUUCUCUCCUCCCUUUUCAAACCAAAAAAUCCACCCAUUGUUUCUCUUUUGAAUAUUGUUCAAGACAUUUCAUCAGCUAUGCAAGUCAACACAACUGCAGGCACUACUCUUCUUGUUUUCGUAUCUCAUAUCGAUUUUCUGAUGCUGAAGAUGGUGAAAACGAAGCUGAGGAUUGCAGCUUUGAUGAAGCCGUGGUCCUUUUCAACACAAGAGAAUACUAUAAGUGCCAUAACUGUCUUAAGUCACUAUGGAACAAAGUUGAAGAACCCACCAGAACUCUUCUUCAUGGUAUUCUACAAUGCGCUGUGGGAUUUCACCACCUAUUCAACCAGAACCAUAAAAGAGCUAUGAUGGAGCUUGGAGAGGGAUUGUGUAAGCUUAGAAAGAUGAACUUCAAAACCGGGCCAUUUUACGAGUUUGAGCGACAAAUCUCUGCAGCUCUGGAUUUGACUUACCAAACGCAAAUCGAGUUAGCCGCCUGUGGGGAUGAUGUCUGUGUUUUAAUGGAUCGAUCAGAGAGAUCGUACCGACUUCUAGGCCGGUAUGCUGUCGGACAUCUACUCUAUACCCUGCAACUGCAAGCUGAUGACGACUCUCAUGAAACCAUGUACAUUGUGUUCCUGCCUCAAAGGUCUUGCGGUCAGCUACCAAAGGUGAAGCUUCCAACUCUCAGUGCAACCACACAACAUCUAAUCAGUUAUGGCCUCUGA